AAAAGGCUGGUACUGACGCGCGAUUCAUUAGUUCGGGCUAGGAGGUGAUAUAAAGGCGCACAGGGGCCUGAGUCGAUCUGAUUUUGCCCGUAACACCAACUGAGGGACCAGCCCGAUAGCGGGAAAUCCGUCGCUGCCACACCACAUUUUACCAUCAUGGUGGUGUGGGCGGUGCUGAUAUUGGCAGCGGUCGUGUUGACCGAUGCAGCGAUACCAGAUCCACCGGAAACUACUGGCAUCACCACGAUCGGAUCCAAAAAAUUGGCAACUGCCGCCGAUUGCGCCGGACUUGUCGCUUUCUCUGCCAUCCAAGGAUCGGUGAAUGAAGCUAAGCUCGUCCUUGCUGAAACGCUAGUGGACAAAGGAGUCGGUUACGCGGCACAGACCGGGAUCUUCACUACGCAUUGUCCAGGCCUCUACCAAUUCAGCUUCGCCGGAUACGGUAGCACAGACCUGCGACUAACAUUGAAACGCAAACUGAACAAGUCCGACAGUUGGAGGCCGAUUGUCAGCGCUGGUCCAGGCGGAGGAAGCAAUCUCGUCCUGUUGGACGUCGAAGCCGGCGACCAACUUGCCGUCUUCGUUGACUCCGGGAAGAUUACUGACGGAGCCAGCUUCACCGGUCACCGCGUUUACAAAAGAUAAGCUGGACCAUUAAGCAACACUCUUUGGCGAAUUCAGGAUCACCAUUAGGAACGCAAUAUUGUGAUAUGUUACAAACUGAAACCGAGUCUAAAAUGAUUCUUGAUAUAUCAGGGUUGAAAUAUCUAACCGAAAAUUCCGGAAUAUCCUUUUCAGUUUUAAAAAAAUGUUUAACAGGAAAAAUUAUAAAAAUCGUUAUAUAGUUUUACAUUUUAUGACUCAUCUUUUAUCUUCUGACUAGUAACAUUUUAAUCGCAUCUUUUAAAAUUAUCAAAUCCAAUUGAAGUUACAGGAGUUAUAAGAGAGCAUAAUGUCACGCUCACUUAGACCGAGAAAUCGCCAGAUUGUCAUUAAAUGCAUUUAAAAGCAGCUAUAAAAAAGAGGGAUUAAGACGCUUUUGCAAUCCAAGAUUUUUUUCUACAAACAAAUCUCAAGAGCCUUCUUGUGUGCUGAGAUAGAGUUCCUAAUUCGUAAUUCUGAAACUUCUCGAUGAUCUUAACAUUCUGUGAUAGCUAUUUUCUUCACGCGUCGAAAAUGUCACUGAUUUCUAUAAGUAAAAUAAUAAAAUAUCCAAUUUUAUAAAUUAAUACGAACUUCUCCGGUUUCCAGCUUUCGCUUUACAUUUCUUCCGGUUCGCUUUCUAGCAUUUUUUUGUUCAUAUUAACUUUCCCCUCGUCUCUUAAUUCAUUUUCCUUGAUAUUUUAUUGCUUCCUUAUUUUCUUCGCUACAAUAACGCCAUUCGGAGGCAACUUUCUCCGUUAAAAAUGUAUACGUUCCUCUUUCUCUCUAUUUCUUCGAUUACAUUUACAUUUCUAGUACUUUCUAAUCUUCAUCAUUUCUUUUUUCACUGUCUGUUUUUCUUUUUCUUCGUUACUUCCAGUUUACCCCUACUCUUUGCUUUCUUUUUAUCAUUUCUUUAUCUCUAUUAAAAUUUCUGUAUUUCUAUUUCAUACAUUACUUCUUUAUCUAGCUCUUUUGCGCUCUCUUCUUUUAUUUUCUUAUAGAUAUACUUCUAUCAAUAUUAAGUUUGUAGUCCGUCAUAAGCUUCAACUCUUUUAUCUCGGUAUAUUACGUCUUUAUUAUCUUUAAAAACAUUCAGACUAUCUUUCUUUUUACUGCCUUCCCGCGGUGUACUAUUCUUUUUCUUUCAUUUCUUCACUGAAACUUUCUUUAAGCUUUAUCGAAUUUACACAAUUUCUACUUCCAUUUCCUUUAACUUUAUUACUUCUGUUACUUGUAUUAUCCUUCAUAUCAUUAUAUUUCUAUCAAAGUUUUCUCUUUUAAACUUAUUUUCUCUGUUUUUAUUAUUUUCUAGUUCAUUUUUACUUCAUCUUUUUCUAGUCUUCUUCUUAAGAAGCAGUAGAUACUUUAUAUCUUUCUCUCUGAACUUUCUUCACCUGUGUUCUUCUGUCUUCAUCUUUCUCUUUAUAAUUUUAAUAUCUUGUAUUCUUUUACUCUCAGUUCUGUUUCCAAUCUAGUCCAUGUACAUUGGUUGCUCUAUCUCUCUUUUUGUCUUUAUCUACCUGUCUAUCUAUCUAUCAAUCUAUCUAUUUAUCUGUCACUCUCAUUCUAUUUCUUCUUGUGAAUAUAAUAUAGCCUGCUAUCACAGCAGUUACAUCGGAGAGAAGACCUGUAAAAUUGGCAGAGAAUAAAAAAAAGAGAAGAGAGAGAUUGCGGCAAUGAAGUAGAAGAAAUAGUGAUUGAUUAAACGACGAGAAAGAACACACAUGCGCGCGCGCGCGCGCAUCUACGACGAACAGUGCGAAUUAUUUUUCUGUAAUUUUUAUUAAAUUUAUGAAUAUAAGAAAUGUUAACGCGAUGAAUAAAGUUGUGCACGU